CACAGGAACAUAUCAAGGUCAUCAAUGGCGAUUACUCUUAACAAUGGCUUUAAGAUGCCCAUAAUCGGUCUCGGUGUUUGGCGGGUUGAAGGGAAGACCAUCAAAGACCUUCUUACCACUGCAAUUAAGAUUGGGUAUCGUCAUUUUGACUGCGCUGCUGAGUACAAGAAUGAAACAGAAGUUGGGGAGGCAUUUAAGGAAGCAUUUCAGACUGGCCUUGUUAAACGAGAGGACCUUUUCAUCACCACAAAGCUUUGGAAUUCAGAUCAUGGACAUGUUCUUGAGGCCUGUAAAGACAGUCUGAAGAAACUUCAACUAGAAUAUCUUGAUUUAUACCUUGUUCACUUCCCUGUAGCCACAAAGCAUACUGGUGUUGGUACAACUGGCAGUGCUCUGGAUAAAGAUGGUGUGCUGGAGAUAGACACUACCAUUUCUCUGGAGACUACCUGGCAUGCUAUGGAAGAGCUGGUUUCCCUGGGUUUGGUUCGGAGCAUUGGUAUCAGUAACUUUGACAUCUUUGUUACAAGAGAUUGUUUGGCCUACUCAAAAGUGAAGCCUGCAGUGAAUCAGAUUGAGACGCACCCCUACUUCCAACGUGAAUCUCUCGUCAAGUUCUGUAUAAAGCAUGGCAUAAGUAUUACAGCACACACUCCUCUUGGGGGUGCUGCUGCCAACACAGAAUUGUUUGGUUCUGUCUCUUGUUUGGAUGAUCCAGUCAUCAAGGGUCUGGCUGAGAAAUAUAAGAAAACUGUGGCACAGGUGGUUCUCCGAUGGGGUAUCCAGAGGAACACUGUUGUCAUCCCAAAGUCAUCAAAAGCACAGAGAUUGCAGGAGAAUUUUGAAGUGUUUGAUUUUGAACUGACCAAUGAGGACAUGAAGUUAAUAAAAAGUGUGGAUCAGAAAUAUAGGACCAACCAACCUGCCAAGUUUUGGGGCAUAGAUCUUUAUGCAUAAGUGGUUCUUAA